AUGGCGCAAAAGCGAAAAGCCUCCAUCAGUGAGCGUGUGCAAGAGGUCUUCAAGAAAGUGCAGAGAAGGCGAUCGCCUCGUACCAAGCUAAGCGAGUCCUCGAUUGCGGACGAGCACUCACCCAGCCCGGCGCUUUCCAACAUCGAGCGUUUCAAAGCAGUGUUCCCGCAAAUACUCGACGAUGUCCAGUCAGCGUGCGAAAAGUACUCGCUAGACAUUGAGGUCUGGCAGAGUCUUGAAAAAUCCCUCAAUCACAAUGCGACCGGCGGCAAAUAUAAUCGCGGCGUGUCCGUUCUCGACACUGCCCAGAUGUUACUGAGUCGCGGUCUGAACGACGAUGAGUUUUCCGAUCUUGCCUUGCUUGGCUGGAUGAUUGAAUUGUUCCAAGCCUUUAUGCUUGUGCACGACGACAUUAUGGAUGGCUCAUUGACUCGACGUGGUCGUCCCUGCUGGUACAAAUUGCCUGAAGUAGGGUUGACGUCGGUCAACGAUGGUGUCCUGCUCGAGAGCAUCAUCUUUCUACUCCUGAAAAAGCACUUCCGGACCCAUGCCAACUAUGUCGGCCUCAUCGAGUUGUUUCAGGAGACAGCAUUCUGGACAGAAUUAGGACAAGCAUCUGAUAUGUUGGUCGCGCCUGAAACUGCUCGUUGGGGCGAGGACGGUCAACGACUCGACCUCGCCAGGUAUAACUCGAAGCGCUACUCUACCAUUGUCAAGUUCAAAACAUCAUACUACAGCUUCUAUACGCCUAUCGUGCUGGCUUUACUGUACACGGGAAAAGCAUCGGCAGGAAACCUGUCGAAGACGGAAGAUAUCACGCUAGCGUUAGGCGAGUACUUCCAGAUACAAGACGACUACCUCGAUUGCUUUGGCGAUCCGGUGGUACUGGGCAAAAUCGGCAUGGACAUUCAGGACAACAAGUGCUCAUGGCUAGUAUGCCAGGCACUCAUGCGGUGCAGCGUUGCGCAACGAAAGGUGCUGGACUUGAAUUACGGUAUUCACAAUUCUGACGCUGAGGCUGCUGUCAAGAAGCUCUAUGCCGAUUUGCAGCUAGCUCAAGUAUACCAUGAGUAUGAAGAUGUUGCUGUUGCUCGGAUUCAGAAGUCUAUCACAGCACUCGAUGAGAGGGACGGGUUGAGAAAAACGGUAUUUGACGAGUUUUUGCGCAAGAUCCAUCGAAGAGAUAAGUAA